AUGGCUAUGACCCAAUACGGACUUGGCCAACACAUCUGGACCUUAUCUGACGAUAUCUUGGUCUUAUACUUCCGAACUGUUAUGGCUUUAGUUCAAUGUAUCCCCAUUCAAGCAGUCUGGGACCAUGGCAUUGAUGGGAAAUGCAUUCCUAACCAGCCAACCCUAUGUCUUGGCUUCUUCAACAUUGCUAUUUCAGUUCUGCGGUUGCAGUGGCUCACACCAGCGAAAGACUUAACCUGGUGGAAUGUCACUCCAGCAUAUUGGUCACUCGCAGAAAUGGUUUCCGGACUCGGCUGUGCUUGCCUUCCUACCCUCAAGCCCCUACUCUAUAGGGCCAAGACCUGGUUUCCGCGGACACGAUUCGGUGACAGUACUAUUUGCCUUCAAGAUGACAGUUGCGACAGGAAUAUAGAGUUGAGCACUACUGUUAUAGGUGGAAAGGACACGAGCAGUGACCGCAGAACACAGCCGAGUAUGGACGCGGAUGAAAAUGAAAGAAAUACACGAUAG